AUGUGUUACAUUACAGGUUCAACCAAUCAAAUUUAUGUAAUUCGUCAGGAAAAGUAUAUUUUUCUAAUUUGUCGGGAUAAAAAUUGUAUGCUAUAAACCGUUUUUUGUAACCGAACAUCUAGAGAAAAGAAGCCAUCAUGAUCCAACGGCUGCAAUCCCAUCGCAGAAACUCCAAUACAGAAAACACUCCUAUCUCACUCGAUAUUUGGGACGGAAAAGGAUAGGGUGAACUGCCCGUUUUAUUUCAAGAUAGGCGCGUGUCGUCACGGAGACCCGUGCUCCCGUCUCCACACCAAGCCCAGCGUCCGUCAGCCCUACUCUCCGUCUUUCCAACAUGUACCAACGGCCCGACAUGAUCACCCCCAGCGUCGACGCCCAGGGUAACCCCAUUGACCCCCGCAAGAUCCAAGAGCAUUUCGAGGGUUUUUAUGAGGAUUUGUUUGAGGAACUGAGCAAGUAUGGUGAAAUUGAGAGUCUGAACAUAUGUGACAACCUAGCUGACCAUAUGGUGGGCAAUGUCUAUGUUCAGUUUAGAGAGGAAGAACGUGCCGCAAAUGUGCUCAAGAAUCUUAGUGGAAGCUUUUAUGCUGGCCAUCCUAUCAUUGUUGACUUCUCACCUCUGACAGACUUCCGUGAAGCCACUUGUAGGCAAUAUGAUGAGAGCACUUGCAAUUGUGGUGGAUAUUGCAAUUUUAUGCACCAUAAAAGAAUUGGCAGAGAGUUGAGGCACCAGUUAUUUGGGAGUUAUAGAAGGAGGCAAAGUUAUAGCCGAAGCAGAAGCCCUCACAAGCAUCGUAGUAGCCAUGAGGAGCGCUCUUAUGGUGGGCGUGGCCACAGUAGACGGCAUGAUGAUAGGGACAAUUAUCAUGAGAGCCGGAGCAGAAGGCAUCGAAGUACAAGCCCUGGGGGAAAGAGGAAUUGUAGCCUAGUCCACGAAGGCAGUGAGGAGAGACCUGCUAAAAUUGAGCAAUGGAAUCGUCAAAGGGAACAACGGGAAAAUGCAAAAAAUUUUGAUAAAAAUGCUGCCAAUAAUAACAAUGAGAAUGGUGACAAUGGAUACGUGCAGAACGAUGAUUAGUACUCUCAGCAGCAGCAGCAGGAGUAGCCUCCGCUUCUGGGAGCCCAUUAAUGCUGAUUAAAUCACUCUGUCCGGUGGUGUGCAGGUUCACAAUUCUUUGAUAUGGAAUUUGAAAUUGGUUAUACGUUUUUCCUUUAGGUCCAUGCAUUUUGCAACCAUCUUUAUGGUGCUUGACUGAAUCACUGUUUCAGCAGUUUCGAAAUCAUGCCCUUUUUCAUUCAGCCUUUCAAUUAGUUUCAUCCUUUUGGUAACAGUCAACAUAUCUGAACUUGGAUUUUUCUGGUUGCUAACGAAAUGAGAUUUUAAGCAAAUCAAAAUACCUUGGUUUACUCUACUCUCCUAAAGCUCUUGUUAUGGCCUUGAUCUCCUGUGUUCUUUCAAUUCCAAUAUGACCAUUAGACAUAACAUUUUGUUUUUAUUCAUUCCAGAUUCUAGUAGGGCAAGGGAGGAUAUGAAUCUGUACCUAAGUCAAAUCGCUGGAAAGCUAUAACCUUUAGCACUAGGAAAAUGCAGGCAUUAAAAUGGUUCUUUGCGUAUGUGUGUGUGCAUAAAUUUACAGUCAGGUACCAUGUGACUACCGCACAACCAGGCUCUUGAACGAUCAAAGUUCAUGGUUCUAAAUCGGGUUUUGUUUCUUAUAAUCUAUCUCUAUUUCAAACUCUUAAAUUUCCUUAUAGGAAAAUCUGUUAUCUCAUCAACGUUAUCGAGUUUUGAAGGUUCAGGUAUUCCUGCUUCUUGGGACCAACCCAUUAUUUUAAUUGCUGCUUAUCAUAGAAUUUGUGUCCAGGUUGUUCAGGUUCGUAUAAACUAGUUUUAAAGGAUCCUUCCUAUUUAACUUACAGAAGAUGCAAGAAAGCACCAGCUGCCUCUGCUCAGCUCUACUGCAAGUUAUAAGUGAUGGUUAUCUGAUUUUAUGACAAAAUACGAGUGGAAGUAGCGAGGGUUUACUUGCUGAACUUUCUAUUUGUUAUAUUUAGUUCUUAGCUUGACAGGUUUUUGUUCUGUUGGACUGUCGGAAUCAUGUAUUAUGUUGAUUCACUUCAAAGAGUCUAUUUGUCUUUGAUAAAAGAAGAUACUAAGUUAAU